ACACACACAUGUACACACAUCACUCAGGGACACACGCCCCGCCCCCUGUCCACACGUCACUCAGGGACACACGCCCCGCCCCCUGACCACACGUCACGGUCCAAAGUCCCAAUGUGAGAAAAACAAGAGAAAAAUUCAAAGAGUCAAAACUUUCAACCCCAAAUACUUUUGGUCCACUUGUUUUUGAAUCAAUUGUAUUUUUUCAAACGUUCAAACCUAAACUUUGAGGUAGUUUUAGGAGUCGCCGCGUCACCGCAGUGCGCGCAGCAGCCGGAAGGGGCGCAGCGGACCCGCCACCGGACUCGUGGACGAAGUAGAGCGGCCGUUCGUCUCCCCGGUUUUUGACCCGUUAAAAACAGCCCGGUCUCCAUGGCAACCCGCCGCCCGGUGCAGGUGUACCUGGACCUCCUGUCGCAGCCCUGCAGGGCGCUGCACGUCCUGCUGAGCUGCACCGGCGUCCCGCACACGGUCCGCCCCGUGGCCCUGCGGAGAGGAGAGAACCGGACUCCAGAAUUCACCAAGUUAAACCCGAUGCAGAAGGUUCCAGUGAUGGAGGACAACGGGUUUGUCCUCACGGAGAGUGAUGCCAUCAUGAAGUACCUGUGCAACAAGUACGAUGUCCCAGAGCACUGGUAUCCACGGCAACCAGAGAGACGAGCCAGAGUGGACGAGUACACGGCCUGGCAUCACACCAACACACGACCCCACGCUGCCAGGGUGUUUAUACUGGAGGUGCUGCUCCCGUCUCAGACUGUCUCUCCGGUGGACGAGGUGCAUUUGUCUCGUGCCGUGUCUCAGCUGGAGGACACUCUGGACCAGCUGGAGUCCAUGUUCCUGGGUCGCCAGCCCUUCCUGUGCGGCGAUGACAUCAGCGUUGCCGACCUGCUCGCCGUCUGUGAGCUCAUGCAGCCGUUGGCGGGGGGGCGAGACGUCAUGGAGCGGCGUCCUCGGCUGCAGCGCUGGAGGAGCAGAGUCCAGGCGGCCGUGGGCGAGGCCUUCCACCGGGCGCACGCCGUCCUGUACGGCGUCAGGGAGCGCCGCGAAGCCAAGCUGUGACAUCACACCGGCCCCGCCUGCCUCAGGGAGGAGCCAAUCGUCCUCCAGCAUCAGGAGACUAUUUCACCAGGUCUCAAGACGUCAAUCAUUAAAAUUUUU